UUGGCUCAAGGCAGCCUGCUAACGGCGCCACACCGUAGCUAUCGCCAGCGCCAAGCGAAUAGGCGAACGGGUAACCCCUCCCGACGCUUUCCAUAUAGCCUUCGGCAGGAGGAUGGCCGCGGCCUCCGCGGCCCUCCGCCGCGCAGCGCUCGCCGCCGCGGCCCUCGCCCUCUCCGCCCGCGGUCAGGGCCUCCCCGGCUUCGACCGCCCGGCGUGGGCCACCGUGUGCCGGGGCGGUGCGUGCGCCGUGGAGAGCUGGCCGCUCCGGGACGCGGUGGACGAGCACCCGCGGAAGGGCGAGCCAGG